CAGCCUUCCAUCCCAACUGUUGUUCCUCCAACCUUCCAUCCUAAUCUAGACCCGCCACGAUGGGUGGAGACGUUCCCCGACAAGCUCCCAGCGCCCUUCCCCGGACUCCCGCGGGCCCUGUCGGGCAGCGCAUCAAGAACAUUUACACCGACCGUCUGAAACAAUUUACCGCCACCGGACAGUACGAGGGCCAGAACCUCAUCGCCAAGCUGAUUGAGGGCGCCAACUCCGACGAAGACCAUGUCAAGCUAUCGGUGUAUUCUGUCCCCAACCUGCAGCGUCCAACCUUCGAAGACGCUACGGCCAAUGAAUUCAAGCCCACCCAUAUCGGUGCCUCGUUUGGCCCAAGUUGGUCCACUCAUUGGUUCCGCAUCCGCCUGACUGUCCCCGAUGAUUUGCGUCACAAAGAGCGCCUGGAAUUCCACUGGGAUGCAAACAACGAGGGCCUGAUCUGGUCUGAAGAUGGCCAGCCCCUCCAGGGCCUCACUGGCGGCAAUGAGCGCAUCGAAUGGGUCAUCCCCGAUGCCUGGCGUGAUGGGGAAGAGCAUACCUUCUACAUCGAAAUGGCUUGUAACGGCAUGUUUGGAAAUGCUCCGGGCGGAGAUUCGAUCCAGCCCCCUAACCCUAAUAAAUAUUUCUUUUUGAGCAAGGCACAGAUCACGGCCAUAAAUGUUGAAGCACGGGCGCUAUUUUACGACUUCUGGAUUAUUGGAGGCAUGUUCCAACGCCACGCUGCACUAGCAGAGUUCCCGGGUGAUUCCUGGGAGUCUCACGAAGCCAACAUGGUAGGCAAUGCCAUCAUGGAUGCUUUCAUUGCGGGCAAUGGAAGCGAUGAGUCCAUCAAACAGGCACGAAAGAUCGCCCAGAAGUACCUGGGAGACAAGGUUGACUCCCCGGACGUGUACGAUACUGACACCGAGCCAAUUGUCUAUGCAAUUGGGCAUUGUCACAUCGACACUUGUUGGCUGUGGCCCUGGGCAGAAACCAAGCGCAAGGUUGCUCGGUCAUGGUCGAAUCAGUGUGACCUGAUGGACCGAUACCCGGAGCACCGCUUUGCUUGUUCUCAGGCGCAGCAGUUCAAAUGGUUGAAGCAAUAUUAUCCGACUGUUUUUGAUCGUGUGAAACGAUGGGUUAAGAAAGGUCACUUUCAGCCCAUCGGCGGCAGCUGGGUUGAGCAUGAUACCAAUAUGCCUAGCGGAGAGUCCCUGGUGAGACAAUUCCUCUACGGUCAGCGCUUCUUCGAGAGCAAUUUCGGGGAGCGUAGCACAACGUUCUGGCUGCCGGAUACCUUUGGCUAUUCUACUCAGAUCCCCCAGAUAUGCCGCCUUGCGGGGAUGAGCCGUUUCUUUACUCAGAAGCUCAGUUGGAAUAACAUCAAUAACUUCCCGCACACUACCUUCCAAUGGGUAGCACUCGACGGCAGCCAGGUGUUAUGCCAUAUGACACCAGCAGAAACCUAUACCGCCAGUGCUCACUUUGGAGACGUGAAGCGCAGCGUGACUCAACACAAGUCACUGGAUAAUGACAACACAUCGCUCCUUGUGUUUGGAAAAGGAGACGGCGGCGGUGGUCCGACAUUCGAACACCUGGAGAAGUUGCGUCGUUGCCGUGGCCUCAGCGACAAGAAAGGACUGCUCCCCCGAGUGAAAAUGGGAGAGUCCGUCGACGAUUUUUUCACAAAGCUUGAGAAGAAGGUAGAAGAGGGCACCAAAUUUGCCACGUGGUACGGUGAGCUUUACUUCGAGCUGCACCGAGGCACAUAUACUACGCAGGCCAACAACAAGCGAAACAACCGCAAGUCUGAAUUCUUGCUGAGGGAGAUCGAGUAUCUUGCAACCCUCGCUACCAUCACGAAAUCGAGCAAUGAGUACAAGUAUCCGAAGAAAGAGCUUGAUGACAUGUGGGAGGAUGUGCUUUUGUGCCAGUUCCACGACUGUCUACCUGGUAGCUGUAUCGAAAUGUGCUACGAUGACUCCAAUGAACUCUACAAAAAGGUUUUCGAAACCGGCCAGAAGGCGCGGAAAGACGCCCUUCGGGCUCUAGGAUUCGGAGAAAAGAAACCCAAGGCUCUCAUCGCAAUCAACACGCUGCCAUGGCAUCGUUCCGAAAUUGUCAAGGUGCCCGCUGAAGUUGCAUUUGCAGGCGAGCCUAAAUACGCACUUGUCAGUGGUAAAACUGGCCUCGUGGAUUGCAUGCCUCCUACCGCCUGGACGACACUGCCUGCCGUGAGCGUUUCUGAAAUCAAGCGCGGUGUAUUCCGCCUCCAGAAUGAGAAACUGCGCGUAGACGUCCAGGAUGGCGUUAUCACGUCUCUCUACGACCUGGAGGCCCAGCGUGAAGUCGUUGCCAAGGGCGGGAAGGCUGGACAGCUUGUCAUCUUUGAUGAUAAACCACUCUAUUGGCAGGCGUGGGAUGUUGAAGUCUUCCAUCUCGACUCCAGGAAGGAAUUGCAGUCUGGACAGACAUCCAUCUCCGAGAAGGACCCAUACCGUGUCAGCGUCGUCACCGAAACCCGGAUCAGCGACAAGAGUUGGGUCAAGACGACCAUCAGUCUGGCUGCCGCCGUCGGAGACCAGCCAUCAUACGUGGAGAUGGAAAGCGAAGUUGAAUGGCGAGAGACCAUGAAGUUCCUCAAGGUCGAGUUCCCGGUAGACAUCUCGAACACGGAGGCUUCCUACGAGACACAGUAUGGAAUCAUUAAGCGCCCAACACACUACAAUACCAGCUGGGACAUGGCCAAAUUCGAGGUGUGCUGCCACAAAUGGGCCGACCUAUCCGAGUACGGUUAUGGUGUUUCGGUCCUGAAUGAUUCCAAGUACGGAUUCGCAACCUGCGGUAACCUGAUGCGCCUUUCUUUGCUUCGCGCCUCGAAGGCACCCGAUGCCCACGCAGACAUGGGUCGUCAUCAUAUCCGCUACGCAAUCCUCCCGCACGCAGGGUCUUUGGAUGCACGCACCAUCCGUGCAGGAUACAACUUCAACCACCCCCUUGUUCUUGAAUCUGGAUCUCGCCAUGGCGUACAGGACGUAUUCAAGUCAAUUUCGGUCAGCGGCUCUCCGUCCCUUGUACUCGAUGCAGUCAAGCGCGGCGAGGACGACGAAGACGUGUCCCGGGACAACCUGCCCCGGCGUACGGGCCAGAGCGUCAUCCUUCGCAUCUACGAGUCCCUGGGCGGCAAGAGUCGUGGGACUAUCAAUGCCAAACUCCCGGUCAAGAAGGCAUGGAAGUGCAAUAUCCUGGAGGACGACCAGGAGAGCCUUACACUGUCCCAGGGUGACGACGGCACAACCAGCAUCGACAUCGAGUUGCGGUCUUUCGAAGUCGCAACGUACAGACUGCAGCUGUAGAUGCACUCCAUCCAUCAUUUUCAUCCCACUGCAUCGAAUAAGGCAAAUAGUCCCAUAGUAUUCAAUCACAAAAUGGAACAUAUCUUUUGAGAU